AUGGCCUUUGAUUCUCUCCAAGAUGCCAGUUUCUUUUUCUUCAUCGAAACCAACCCUAUCUUUCCUCCUGUCAAUAUGUUUUCACACACCAACUUGUUGUCCGUUACCUGUGCCAUGGCCGUGUUCGUUCCCCCUCUAUUGGCAUGGGAGAUACAGGUCGAACAUCGCGGUUUGAACCUCACGCUUGUUCAUGGCGUGGUCAACGCUAACAGCGAUCUCUCCAAACGAAGUAGCAUUCCACCGGAAUGCCAGUUUGGUGACGCGCGGUCCGAUUGGACUUACAUUCAAAUCACAGGGUUGAGUGAAGGCACUGCAUGUUUCGGGUAUAGCAAUUUCCCUCUGUGCGGCCCCGGGACCUGGAGCGACCCGGACUGGACCGAUAUUCAAAUUGCUAUGGCCAAACAGACUACCCUGGAUGGUCAGUUCGAAGGUUCGCAUUCAGGUGCCUGGGACGGUUCCUUUUUCUUGGGGACGUCGGCCUUUUCAGACCGCGAUACAUCACUUUUUGAUCUUGCCCUUGCGGAAAGCAAGGCGAGAGCCAUUAACUAUUACUGGAGCCGAGACAGUGACUUUGCUCAAGUCCUUGGCCAUAAUGCUGCAUGUCCUUAG